AUGCGAGGGCAUAACCACCAAGGAUUUGCAGUUUGCUCGCACAAAAGCGAAAUGUGAGAUGUUGCGGCUGUCAACUGAUCAAAAGGCUCGCCUUGCGACGCGUUCGGAGAGACAGCAGAGCGGACGACACGUUCAGAUAGGGCGAAUGGCUGAGACAUUCAGCGCUGCUCAGCUCCGCACCGCACGUCGCUUUGCUGCAGCAGUGGCAAAGUUUGGAGCAAGAAUGAAGAAACCGCAGAACUCCUGCAAGGCAAGUAGCUGGGGGUUGGAGGAUGUCGAGUUGCCUCUGGUCCAGGAAAAAAGUGGAUCAUUGGGCGCGUAUGACCGUCAUGUCACACCAACGAUGCUUUACGUACUCGCUCCCCGGUCUCUGUCGUCUGAUGAGCGUCCAACUAUCCAAGCCUCAGCCUCCCCGGCGGCUAUUUAGGUUCCGGGAGUGCAAUCAACAAGUAACCCACUCAACAGAUGUCCCGUAUCCGCGUCAACGACAUUGGACGAUUUGCGGUGGGAACCAGCGGGAGAUCUACCUGGCUUUAUCGAUGAUCCCCAUAGCACCUCGAAACUUUCUUUCCAUGAGUCGCAAAGAAAAACAAACAGAGACAGCGUAUGUCUGGCUGUCUCGCACUUCUUUUUUGGUGUUAUCAUUCCUGAUAGUUGUGCCACCACGUUUUUCUCAAUUUCCCGGUGACUGCAGCUCGCUUCCCUGGAGAUACAUCCUUGUAAGCCAUCUACUUUUAACAUCACUCUCGCUUCGCGGAUGCGGGUUGUUCAGAUCCGCUCGCACGCUCAUCUAUCUGACGGACCACCCAAAUUUUUUUCCUUCGUGCUGCGUAUCGUUUUGGCGUUGCAGGGUCAUCGAAAAUACCGCUGUGCGCGGUGUGAUGCGUCUUAUGCUGCGACCCGCGCUGCCUUGACCACGCAAGGCACGCAUCGGUCGAUGGCCAUGGUCCCUUGCUUCAGCCCGCGCCCGCCUCAACGACUACACAAUGCAACCCGUCAGGUUUACGUGUGCCUAGGAUUGCUGAUUGGCCGCCGCGCCGGCCUGCGCGCGCUGAAGCAAAACAAGGGCCAAACAACGUGUCCAAAUUUGCUCGACUUUACGGGAAA